AUGGAGGCAACCGGCGAAGUUGGUAAGCCAUCCGGCGGUGGCCUUACGGUGGUGAGAUCCAACGCGCCGUCGGACGUCCAUACGGAUCCAACGUCAGAAACUUCAAAUCCACCUCCAACCUCCGUAGCUCCUCCUCCUCCUCCGCCUCGACAUACCUUAGCUCCGACCGCGUCACCGCCAACAACGGAAGGCUUCCCCAGCGGGCCAACGAAGAAGAAGCGUGGACGUCCUAGGAAGUACGGACACGACGGAACGGCGGUGACGCUAUCACCGAAUCCAAUAUCUUCAGUCCCACCGAAGACUUCUCACGUCAUCGAUUUCUCUGCAUCUGAGAAACGUAGCAAAGUGAAACCAGCAGCAACUGCAAGCUCCUUCAUCAGGACAAAGUACCAAGUCGAUAACUUAGGUGGGUGGGCUCCUUCAUCGGCGGGAGCUAACUUCACGCCGCAUAUCAUUACGGUGAAUGCAGGCGAGGACGUAACGAAGAGGGUAAUAUCCUUUUCACAACAAGGGUCUGUCGCUAUUUGCGUUCUCUGCGCUAACGGUGUCGUUUCAAGUGUUACACUUCGUCAGCCUGAUUCGUCUGGUGGUACACUGACAUACGAGGGUCGGUUUGAGAUAUUAUCACUGUCGGGAACUUUCAUGCCAAGUGACUCUGACGGGACACGGAGCAGAACAGGUGGAAUGACCGUUUCAUUGGCUAGUCCUGAUGGACGUGUUGUAGGAGGUGGAGUCGCUGGCUUGCUUGUUGCAGCCACUCCUAUCCAGGUGGUCGUAGGAAGUUUCAUAGCUGGAACUAAGCAGCAUUACCACAACUUCAUACCGUCUCCAAUACCAACCAUUCGUCCCACGUCGUCUUCUUUUCAGAUGGGCACAUGGACACCACCUUUAGCUUCUUAUCCACAACACAAGCUCUCUCAUGACUUUAACAUCACUUUAUCUUGA